UCAGAUGUACAAGACAAAAGAAGUGUGAAUUUGCUUCGAUUCAAGAGUUGGAUUGCGCGAGACAACGUAAACGCCUAAGUAUUCCGCCCCGUCUGCUUGAAUCAAGGUGUGACGGUUUUUGUAGACGGCAAGGGGACACAGAAGUGCACUUCGCCGUAGUUUUACGAUUGUUCCUGGAAACGCUUUUUCCUUUUUUGGCCGAAUGGCAACGGUGUCUCUGUACGGAUUCAAAAUGAAGACGAAAUUUUCCAGUGUUCCAUCGUGUCUCCAUUAGAUGCCGGUGACCACUGCUGCAGCCAUGCACUGGGCUGCGAGCUGCCAGUGCCGGCCACAGUUGCUUAUAGCAAGUUUUCUUCAUUCCUUUUGACUGGAUUUUUUCCGCUUGAACUCGACCGUCAGCUUCAUCUCUCAAGAUAUCUCCAAAGCUCUUAUGUUCCGCCCCUUCGUAUCUACUUGUCUGGCACUUUUUGAGUUCACUAAACCACGUCGAGUCAUGCUGCACGUAAGUUGCAGCUUGCGAGCUGACUUCGCCCCCAAGGAAGACUAAAUCAGCUCGUUCACAAACAGGGAAAUAAGGCAUAGCUUGUCACGGGAGAAAUGGGAAAACCGAGUCGCUUCGACGUUUUCUCCAGCUCUUUCGCGUCCCUUUUAUCAGGACUAUACUGGGGAAAAUAUCUGACAACUUUCUCCCGUUCUAUAGUGAGGCGCGGAUAGCCUCAAAAAGCCCCUCUCGUCUCAUGAUGUGACCUUGUCGCCGUCCCUGAUUUUCUGUGCCUCUCCCAAAUGCGGCAUUCGUUUCAAGAGACACAGAAGGAAAGAGGGGACAUCUUCGGCGCUUUAUUUUUUUGCGUGAACGAGACAACAAAACCUGAAGUAUUCGCGCUGUUGACCAGUUUUCGUGCCAGACAGCAGACAAAGGAACGAGAGAGAGGCACCUUCAAAACACGCGGCUAUCGAUGAGGCGAAUAGUAACAUCAAAAGCUCGUGCAUUCUGCCGUGUUUGUGUAGGUCUGAUGAGAGGGAGGGUUCUCCGUUCACAGAACUCUUCAGCAUCAGCGCCGUCUUCCGUUUGCCGGAUACCUUUUUCGGCACCAAAGGAGCGGGAGAUACACCUGAAUUCUUCCAUUAAUUGGGAUCUGUUUUCUGUUCUCUGUCACUCUUCUUCAUCUGGCCGCACAGAGUUAAAAAGCAGCGAGACACAGGGAAGGGUGGGGUGAGGGAAUGAGAGGGGUGAUAAAGAUAGUCGUUGGAGUUUCCUAGAACUGGGCGUAAAGCGAAUGAGUAAAGAUUUUUCAUAGACUACCAGAUGGGCGUGGAACUUCACGCCACGAGUCUCCGAUUUCUCGAACUCGCUUCGGCCCGGCGGACCCAGCCACGUAGAGAUUCUGAACGACAGUGUCCGUCACUUCUCUUUUUUCUCGGCCAAACUGCCGAAACGGUGUCCCCCAAUAUAAGUUUUUCUCCAUAGCAAUCUAAGAACGAAUCCUCAUUCAUCGUCGCUCAGCAUGAGGAUCCUCCUUCUGCGGAGCCGGUAGUUUCCGACUCGAAAUCCCCUAGGAUGACCUCUUGUGGCCUUUUGGCUUCUCUGGUCUUGGGCACCAGCCGAACAUCUAAUGAACGCAGGUUGCCACCAUCACCGAUCUCAGCAAAGAAAACUCUUCCGUAAUCCCGAGUACACCUAAUCCAUUCAUGGUGUUAAUCUCGCGCCUCCAGGGGACGUCAUUCUUCCAAAAAGGUGUGUCUGUGCUGAGGUAGCUUCUCCCGAUUUUUCGUCGCAAUGAGGCAGGGCACAUCAUGCACAUCUGUGAGUCCGCUCUCCCGCGCGCCUUCUUUGAGGCUGCGUGGGUUGGAAAACCCAAGAGGAGAGAACAAUUGUUUCCUCAACGUCACCCUACAAGCAUUUUGGAAUCUCCGCUCUUUUCGUAUUUUAUGCCAACAAGGAACCGAACAUCAACAUCCUGCGCCGUCCUUGUCGGCUUCGCGCUCCGCUGUAUCUCGCACACGGCGAGAUGAACCUCUCUCUCCGGAGGCUCCACUUCCUCUCUUUUCUAUGAGGGUGCAGACGUCACUUGGUUCAGGUUCUUCAAAAAAGCCAGCGAACGGGAAGUCUGUGCAAAGGGAAGUGCCCAACUUCGACGCAGUGUUUUCUUCUACGCUGCGUACCUGGAUAGAUCGGGAGAACGAAGCAAGGAAAUCUGUACCGAGAGCCACAGGUGAGAAGCCUGCCCCACGGCCCUCUCCGUUCUCCGUCUCCGCUCCUGUUGAAGCCAGAGUGGAAGGGCAUCUGGCUACAUCGCCCCUUCAUGUGCCAGCUGCAUCCAGCUGCGUGUACUGCGCAAUCAAAAAUCUAUUUGCCAAUUACGAAUUUGGAAACUGCGAAGUCCUGCCAGCGGCUGCUGUGCGAACAGCUCUAGCGACCUGUUGGGCGAGCACUCGAUUCAAGCCAGGCGAUAUGGAGGACGCAGAUGAGACACUCGUGGGAGUUCUCGACGCCUUACAUGCGUGGCAUCAAGGCCUGAUUGCCCCGCCGCCGUCUGCGUACGUCAGCUGCGCUCCUUCCUCACGUGACGCCGGCGGCCUGUUUUCAGGAUGUGAAGAUUUGUCAAAUCCACUGAAUUUCCUCGCGUUUUAUCGGGACAUUCCCUGCAAUCCGCCGUGCCUGGCCCACAGACUUUUUGCCCUCCAUGUUCUCUUCUUGCCGCGCUGUACAGCCUGCGGGGCUACCGGAGAGCCCCUCGUUCAGCAGCUGUAUGUACACCGCGCGUAUAUGGCAGAACUCCUUCCACUUCUCGCCUGGAAGUCGUCGUCCUCUGGUAGUGGAAAUGUAUCGUGUGCGCGCGCCUCCACUCGCCCGCCUGAGUCUAGGUCUCUUCCGCGCCCCUCUUCGUAUGCCGACGCUUCUGGUUUUCCUACUAGAAAUCCAGGAAACGCAGUACAGUCUGCGAGAAAGGCUGUUUUUGACGUGAAACAUGGCUCCCGCCCAGGGAACGCUCCGGAAGCUCAGGCUUCUGGUGAAUGUACAGAUCGCGUCGACAAGCCGUUUCGCCCGUCCUCGGGUCGGGGAGUUUUAGCAUCCAGUAUGCGUUCUCUUUUCCUCUCGGAUUCGACAUUUGCGAACCGAGAGUCAAUAUGCAUCCGUAAUAUUUUCUCUGACGUGAAGAACGCGCAAGCAGAACGUUCGGAUUCGACGUCUCUCCCGAGUGAGAGAGAGGCAGUCAGCGCGGAAGGAACCAUUCGUGACGGGAGGCGUCACUGCUCAGUUGAAGAUGCAGAGGAUGCGGAAGACCGCUUCAGAUUUGUGGACGCUUUUGGAUACCGAGAUGCAUCGGAAGCUGCGCCUCUCGACCACAAGGCGCGGAUGCUCAGGCGGCGAAGCAGCGAAUGUUUUGACACCACGUUUGCUGACUCAGACAGCGUGGAAGACGAAUUCAAGAGGUUGCACCAGUUCUUUCAACACGCAAGCGUCGUCCGUUUCUCUCCGAAAAGCAAAGCAAAGAAGAAGGAAGUCGCGGCUCGGGGAGGCGACCGCAGCCAGCGAGCGGGGCGGGCACGCGGACAGAGGCAACAGGAAGGCAGUGAUUCAAGUGAAGUGAUGCGCCGUGCGAACGUGGAGAGCACGAAGGAACAGAGAGGAGACUGCGAGCAGUGUGGCGGCGCACAAACCGUCGUUCUUGACCGGCAUUGCAUGCACGCUCCAGCUAUUUUCGUCUGCAGCCUGACUUGGCUUCCAGAUCUGGCGCAGCUGGCUCCCUUGUUCCCAGGCGUCCCGGCCGUUCCUUCCUUUGCUUCCUCUGCUUCCCCUGUGCCUUGCCUUUCGUCUUCCUCAGAAGCCGCUUUUGAACGGCUGGAGCCUGGAAGUUCGAAUGGAGCGAAGCAGAUGAAAUCGGAGUCCGAUGAGGUUCGCAGAUCGAUCUUUCUUCUCCUUCAAAGUUUAGAGCCGGUCCUCGACGUACGAGAAAUUUUCUCGUCCAACUCGCAAGGGACACAGAUUUCGUUUGCGGCGGGACAUCGAAGGGAGACACUGUCUCCAGAGAGCGCGGAGCGACCCGAAAGAGACCGUCGAUGUAGACGGCCUCUCGAAGUCGCCUCGACGUCUCCGGUUUCCCGCAGAGAACAUGCGAGAAAAGGGGAUGACUCUGGAUCAGCUGUUCGACAGGAAGUUGAAAUCUUCACUGCGGACAUGGAGGGAAAGCAUGUGUUCAGAGGCAUGGUCUGUUUCUACGGUCAGCACUACGUUUGCUUUUUUCACCACUGGGCGUCGGCGAAGUGGGUGCUUUUCGACGAUUCGCGCGUUAAGCGCGGCUUGAUGUGGAAGGACGUCGUGUCCAUGUGUGUUGCGGGCAAGCUCCUUCCAUGUCUUCUGUUUUUUGAACGCAUAUCUCUCCGGCGGGCCAACCGCCGCAUCAGGCUCUCCUGUUCUUCAUCUGCGCUGUCACCCGUCGCCAACUCGCUGUCGGCUGCGCCUCGUCACGGGGUACGCGAGGAGUUCCUCGCGUGCCAAACGAGCGGCGAUUCCAGCAUGGAGACGUCGGAAGACUCUUCUGAAGAGUCCGCGUCGUUCUUGUGUGGUCGAACACAUAGGAUCGGGGACGGAGAACUAUGGAGGGAGAAACAUGACGAGUAUGGAAAAGAGGCUCUCCAGCUCUUCUGUGCAGAAAUGCUCUCCUGCCAAAAUCUGCUUCUUGAGGAGUCCUCCGUUAGCGAGGCGAAGAAGGCUGCCGUCGCUGUUGCCUCUGAGGCCCGCAGUGUCGGCGACUCCGCGAUCGGAACAGCGCCAUGUCGCAUUGCUUGACGGUUUCUCCCAACAGCGGGCUGGUCACGAGGGAAUGAAGUGCACAGAGACACAAUGAACCACUUGGAACUGAAGACUCACGGGAAGCAAGUUGUCUUGGGAAGAAAGGUCUUUUGAAUCAUGGCGGUAGAGCAGUCUUGGAGCUGCCAGUGGCCUGCUCCUCUAGGGUGUCUUAUCACAUUCCCUGUGGUAAAGACUGGCCGGAAAGAGACUUCGGUCUUCAUUUGGGGGUCCCCGCAACGCACCUCCGCGAUCAACGCCGACAAAUGAGACAUUGGGUGCCGACUUUGGAUGCCCUCAGCGGAAGUCGUUCUGUUAAUACAUGCAGGCCAUGUUUCAAGCGACUUCGCAGAGAGGAAACGCGAAUAAGGACCUUCGUGCGCGUGUGGCUCCAGGGGACGCAUCUGCCGUCGGUGCUCCCUCGCACACAUCCUCGUUAAGCGCUUGAUUCUCAAAACAGAAAGGACUCAACAAUCCGCCGUAUUCAAAGGACGUUGAGGACGCAGACCGUCCAUUCGCAUUUCUGAACGAAGCAUACACGUAUUUGUGCUUCCGCUUGUUCGACUCCGUCUGUUUCCGGGAAAAACUGACUGGACCUCCUGAUGUGCGUCAAUUCAGGGGUAUGGAACGGUCCCUUCGUUAGCGUUUACGGACGUUUUUGGUAAGUCUGCGUAAGCGCGUGAAUGAAGAGAAACACGCAAACGAGUAACAGUUCGCUCUGACUCUGGAGUUUCGUUGGGGGGUGUGGCCAGCGCAGAAAUAGAAGCAGAGCUUCAAGGAAGCUUCCUUCUCACUGGAGCGCGUGCUUUCAUUUCCGCGUUGCUCGUCGAUUCUGAGUUAGAAAAAGUGAAGUCAACGGAAACAGAGUGCAGACCGAGGGAACUGAGGCGUCUUCAAGCAUCACCCAGAGACAUAAGGGGCUAUAAUGUAGUUUUAGGGGGGAUUUUCGGGAAACUGGCACAACGUUGUUUCUGAAGGAAAUGUGCGCACCGGCCUUCCUACAAUUCACAGUUCCUGAAAAAAUGGUCAACAUUGUCGCCGACCAAUGCCACACUGAUGGGAAUCCUUGGAGAGUCGUGCCGCUCCUCACACCGGCACUUUCAGGCCCGUGCAGAGGAACAAGCCUGUACGGUGCAUGUGUAAAACAAUUGAGCAUCUCUUUCUAUUGCCCCAAAUUUAUGCCCUCAAGAGAGCGGAGGAGCGCGCUGUGAAUCAAAAAUACAAAAGACGUUUGAGGCCGUGCCCACAUACAGAUGUUUCCUCUGUAGCGCUUGUUGCCAGGCCAUCUCUUGUUUACUCUCGCCUCCACAUUUACCAACUCUGCAUUCUGGGUCAAUCUGUUUUUGCGUGGGAAACUUGGGAAGUCCGGGAGCGUAACUUCUUCGAGCACCUCUUUUGGUGCCACCUUCACUUUUAACAUGGGAGGAAGGUCCGGUCUGAAACGGCGUAGAAGGAAGUCUCUCAUGCUUAUAUGCACUGGCGUGGCAGCGCCAAAGAAUCAUAUCUGUCUUAAAAUAAGACGCUGCAAAUAACUGUACAAUGCAUUUGUAGCGUCAGCAGUCGAAGACGGGCCGGGGGAAGGAACUACACACGGGAAAAGAGACGGGGAAAACCAGUGCUGGGGUGUGCACGCAUACGCAGGAUGUGAAAGUUCCUUCCUUUUGGAAAAGGACGAAUAGGAGAUCGUCACAGUUCGAACCGAGAGAGCCGACACAAGCAUCUCCAAAACACUACGAUAGCACUAUAUCGUUAUUUUGCCCUGGGUUGCGCGACCUAAAAGUUUUUAGACACAACUGUACAGGAGGGCGACGUUCUACCCGUAGGGCCGAAGUGCCAGGCGAGUGGACAGAGUAUCAAGCGUUUCUUUGAUUGCGUCGACUUUUUUUUGAGAAUACAUGUAAAUGUUUUCAUAUCCAUCGUGUGCCGUCUCACUGCUCCUUUAUGGCGAAUGUUUAGGUGGAGUGAAAACAGGUAAUGUCAGAACACCGCGCGCGCGCUGGACGCAUAGACAGCCAAGAUUCUUGAAUGCAUAUCUAGAAAGAAAUAAGUACCUGCAUACUUUCAUGGCAUGUUUGCUCUUGAGGGAGGCUGAGUUUAUGCAAAUGGACUCCCGACACCGCGUCUUCAAAGUAGCGAGUUCAGACUAAGCCGGGUUUCGUCCCUAGUCAGAGCUGGAGGCUGAUGGUGUAGCACAUUUUUGCGAAGCGCGUUUGCGAAGGAACUUCGGAACACUGGGUGGAUGUUUCUAUGUGUCAAGGUCGGAGUUAUGUUCCCCAGUUUUCUCUGACUCCACUUCAUCCAAAAAGUACAGAUACCUGUAUUUCCAUAAACUUUACUGCGUCUACGAAAGCGAGCAUCCACACCCAAGAAUUGCUUUGCUAAGAACGAGGGUUAGCAUUAUAUUGUUUAUGGGAGUUCCAGAACGCGAAGCGCUGUGUUGCGUUGUCUCGAUACGACACAUGUGUGGUGCUCUCUAAAUGCUAUCUACACCAUUGGUAUUCAAAGGAUAACAGGAACACAGUCUCCAUCCUCUGAUCACAUCGUGUAGAUCGCUCUGUAGUGCAAAUACGCCAGUGAUAACAGACAUCGAUUUUCUGCCGGAAGGAGAGGAGAUCCACGUCGUCGCAGGCGACAGAGAUUGAGAGCGGGGACGCGACUUCUCACACACACACACCGUUCCAUGCCACAGUCAAAUUAAACAAGAGCUCUUGAAAUUCGGCGGUGUGCUCCAUAAUGGAGAUACACAGACAUUAGUGAGCAGUACGUUUCGCUGUCGUACAAACGGGGGUAGCGUUUUUUCUUGUGUAACUCGUAUAUGACGUGACAAUGAUUUUCCCAUUGCUUUGCCUACUUUGAAAAACUCAUUGGACGCAGCACCCUUGCUGCUGUGGUAACUUUAGUUUUGACCGUCCGUGCUGAAGAGCAGGUGUACCUGUGCGUGCAGGUUCGCAGAAAGUGUAUCUGGAAGGAGCGUCAGUUCGUGUCGACGGAAUCGUCCGAUUUGCUUCGACUCCCUGCUGCUUGUUUGGAUAAGGAGGAUGUGGUUCAACGACUAUCUCUCCUCCACAGUUGAGUAACCUUGACUUCUCCGUGCUGGCAUCACACUCGUUUUGCGUCCUUCCGAGCAAAACGGAACAUCUGCCUCAUGGUCGAGGGACACUUAGUUUCCUUUCUUUAGCUACUCAUGGCUGACCAGACUUCUACGGUCUAUACCACGGAAACAGUGAAACAGGGAACGAUAAGACAAAUGAAAAAAGAACCGGCGACUUGCGAGAGAAGGACGGGUGGAAAGUGGGGGACUGCGGUGAGGGGUAGAGGGAGUAUGGGGGCAGCGCAGCGGGAGAAUCGAAGUAUCGUGGAUUAUUCGUAUGAAAUUGAUACGUGCAUGAUUGCGCGUGAGGGGAGGGUGAAGACGUCGUGACUGUACAGUAUUCGUGAAUGAAAAACUUUGCUGUGUCUCGAAAACGCACUUGCUGUUCAUAUUGGAUCCGCCAUUCCCUCCGUAAGUCCGUUUGUUAGGUGUCACCAUCAGACGGGAAGAAUUCUCUCAUCAGCACCAGUUUCCACGAAAACUCCAUUAAUUCUUGGAUACCCGUGUCAUGGCAGAACUCUUGAGGGGAAUGUAUGGGAGACAAGUCUUCGCUGUGUCACGAGGGAGGUGUGUACCGUGCAGUAGACUGUGCAAACAGGCGAGCCUCGGUGCAGAAAUAUCAAAUGGUGCACUGCAAAGACAACGUAUUUCCUGUCCCUUCUUCACAGCGGCUAUCCACACACGUGCACACUUCGACAGAGCAUGGACGGAACUUAAAACUGACGCACUCACACCAAUCUUUGAAGCCGGCGUUAUACACGUACGGUUUGAGCUAGAACCCGCGCACUUGCACUCCGUAUGGGCCUAUGCUGAGCGAUAAUGAUACAUCAAGAGAGAAACACGGAAAUGCGAUGGGAACCACACUGCAAGUCUUGUGCGACGUGGCCCACCAGUUCCACAACCUUGAACCGUUGAGAAUCAUUCAUGACCACGAACACACCCCUCGAUUGUGAGUUAAGCGGCCAAGACUACCGCCCUUCUUUGUAUUGUGCGAGAAGGCCUAUCUAGAGAGAAGCGGCCUGUCCUACGGACUGCGUUGCAAAUUCCCCUUUGUGCUUCAGCUUCCUGUUCACUGCCGUGCUACGUGCAGUCUUCGGUCCCUUUCCCUUCCAAGUGACCGCGCCCAGAGUUUUCGAGGAUCUGAAUUUCUCGGUUUUUGAUGAAAGCCGGAAGUUUCUGCCCCGACUUUUCAUACGAAUUUGUCUCGAGCGUACCUUCUUCUCUUUCUCUUUCUCUCUUCUCUUCUUCCUACUUUUCUGAUUGUGUUUUUUCCUUCUUCCUGCAGUUUUCUCGUCCUCUUUUCCGGCUCCUGUACCAAGGCUGAGUUUGAUCUGACGCUGCGUUGCCGCGUCGACAUCUUUUCUUGCCGUUUUUCAUCUGUAAGGUUCGUCGCUAAACGAGCAUCUGGGUCCUUUUUUCGUCCUUCUUCGUGUGGGGGCGUUCUUUCACCCAUCUCUCGUGGGAUUCUUUUUCUCUAGCAGUCGGAAAACCACGUCUGCGCGACUUUGCGGCUGAGCGACCCUCCUCUGUCUCCUCUUUCGCUUUUUCUUCGUUUUUCUCUUUUUUCUACCGUCCCCUCUCCCUGGUGGACACCCAUGCUCCUUGUUUCCCCCAUUUCUUUUUUUCCCUCCCUUCCUCAGUUUCGACCUUUUAUUCUGCACACCCGCGCCAAUGCCCCUCUAUUGACAGAUAAGCUGUCUGGUGGAGAAACAAACAGCAAAGCUACAUGUUUCGUCCUACACAGAUUUGACUCUUGGGUAGCAGUUGCGUGGUGUUUGGCGUGACCGUCUGUGCGUCUUCCUUCUUUCGCGUGUGCCAAAUGCUGUCCCUUUUUUCUUCGUCCACCAAUAAAUUCCGCUAUUCUCGCAGUGAGACCGAUCCUGCAGAACAUGUAUAUCUGUGAUGUGUAUGGGAAUAUUUCCCAUUCUUCAUCAUUUUUUCCGUCUUUUGUUUUUUCCGUCCCCGAUGAAUGGCGCAAGGGCGCCCCUUUCCCGUGUGCAGUCUACUUUCUUCCUUGAGCAAAACGAACUUCCUUCUGUCUGAAAAUUCUAGGAUCAUCUUCUUCCCUUCUUCACCUUUUCUGCAAACGUGACCGGCCAGCCUACUCUGAAGGCAUCCUGUCCUUUAUUUCCGCGGUAGUCCUUUCCAUUAAUCCUUGGAGUUGAAGAAAGUGGUCGCACACCACGACAGAAAACGCAGACUGAAGUGACCCUGUUUUUGUCACUUCGAGAGAGCCAAGUGUCGACAGGGAAGCGACCAAAAAGGCUUCCCUUGGAACGUCUUUCUCUUGGAGGGACACUCGGCAUCAACGCGAGAGAGCUUUCGUUUCCACACGCUCUGGCACCCUUCACGAAGUCCAACAGUUGCGUGCUGUCCGUACGGUUCCUUUUAAAACAAUUUCGAGACCAGUACAGGACACAGAGACGGACUGUUUAGGAGAGAGCUGAGAACCGCGUUUCCCGUUUUUUCCCCUCGGCAGAGGACCGG